AUGAAGAAGUAUGGAUAUCAUCAAGAUAACUCGGAUCAUACCUUAUUUAUCAAACGUAUGGAUGGUAAAUUACAGAAGUACUUAGCCUCAAAGUUUGAGAUGAAGGAAUUGGGGGCUUUGAAGUAUUUUAUGGGAAUCGAAGUGUGCACCAGCCGAAACCCUUAUUGUGCAAAAUCAUUACUAGCAAUCUAUCCUGAUCAGGUGUCAACCAACAAGGAAAGAUAUCAGAGUGACAAUCACUUAGCAGUAGUUAUAAGAAUUUUGAGCUAUUUGAAGAAAGCUCCAGGUGGAGGCUUGAUAUUCAGAAAAUUGGGACAUUUGGAUGUUAAGGGUUAUACAGAUGUAGAUUGGGCAGACAUUAUAACAUAUAGACAUUCUACAUUAGGUUACUUCACUUUCAUUGGGGCUAAGGCAGAAUACAGGGGCAUAUCACAGGGAGUUUGUGAGCUUUUUUGGUUAAGGAUACUCUUGUCCGAAAUUGGUUUUCCACCAAAGAAAGUCAUGGAGCUUUACUGUGACAACCAAGCUGCGAGAGAUAUAGCAAAUAAUCCAGUUCAACAUAACAGAACUAAGCACGUUGAAGUAGAUAUGCAUUAUAUCAAGAAGAAACUGGUAGAUAAGCUAAUUGAUAUACGAUUUGUAAAGUCAGAAGGACAUUUGGCAGAUGUCUUGACUCAUGUGGUGUCAACAAAGAUUUUUCAUGUCUCACUUGACAAGUUGGACAUAUGA